AUGUCUAGAAUUGAAACCUUGCCCGACGAGCUCAUUCUCCAAAUCACCCUGUUUUCUUCGGAAUCAUCUCUCGCCGCCUUAGCGCGGACAAACCGCCAUCUCCAACAAAUCUGCACCCCUAGUCUGUACCGGAACAAUGUGCUCCACAACAACAGCUCCGCGUUAGAAUGGGCGGCACAAUCCGGCCAGAUGGACACACUACAGAAGGCGCUGCGUGCAGGCGCCCCUUUACCCAAGAAACAGGCCAAGGGCGAAUUUCGCGAGGAAGGCCCACGAACCAUCCAGUUCGGGAUCGAAGGCCCGCAUAGCUUCCACGACUUCCGGCCACAUCCUAUUUCGCUGGCGGCUCAGGCGGGCCAUUUACAUAUCGUCCGCUGUAUGAUCGAUCACGGGGUCAGUCCCAACACAAAAAACCCCGAGUGGUUUACACUACUGGCACUAGCCGCUGCCCAUGGCCAUGUUUCUCUGGCCAAAUACUUGCUGCACGUGGGUGCCAAGCAGGAUAUUCGCAGCUUUGUAACCCUCCGGCCUGUAGGGCUGGCAGCAUUUCAGGGGCAUGUGGAUAUAGUUGAACUUCUUCUGUUGGCUCUGCGAGGAGACGGGAAUGAGGACAACAAAGAAGAUUUGAUGGAAGAGGCUCUCUUUGCCGCGGUGAAGGCGGGGCACGUCCCGGUGGUCCGGUUAUUGUUCACGCAUGGAGUGCAAGUCAAUCUUUUUGGAAGCUUUGGUCCUUUUCAAGGGACUCCCCUGUUACUAGCAGCGACCAAUGGGAUGAGCGACUUGGUGUCGCUAUUUCUUGCGUACGGUGCGGAUCCAAACUUGAUUCCGGUUCCACGAGUAUCGGAGACACCGUUGAAGGCGGCGGUGAUUCAAGGCCAUGAGCAUCUACUUCCGCUCUUGGUCCAGGGAACGACGAGGCUCCAGCGCACCAGAGCAUUGGCCUUCGCUGUGGCACAUGGGAACAGAAGCAUGGCGGAGACAUUGCUUCGAAGCAGUACACCUCCCCAAUUUGAUCUAUCCGAGAUACCACGUCGCACGGGUUGGGAUCACGAGGACUGGGUGCAGCCCUUACUGUUAGUGGUGCUGAAUAAGAGGCUAGAGCUAGUAGAGCUGUUGUUGGACUCAGGCGGGGAUGUGAACGUGCGGUGUACUGAAUACCCUAGGGGCGGAUUGAGCAAGCCAUUCGACCGAGUCCUAUUUUGGGCCGUAGAAGACUGCCAUGAAGCGAUGGUAGAUCUGCUCCUGGAACGUGGCGCAGACCCGGAGGUUACGGAUGAUAUGGGACGCCCUCCGCUCACAUACGCCGUCAAGGGCGGAAAUGAGGCCGUUGUUAGAUCCCUGCUAGAUCGUGGGGCAAAUCCACACCGCGCAGUAGAUCACAAUGGCAAGAAAUUGCUGUUGCUGGGGCGAAUGAAACAAACUAUACGGGCUCAGCUACAAGCGGCGGAGGGGAGAUGGGAGUAUGCCGGGGGUUUCUAG